UGCACAUCUAUUACCGUGUAAUAGGCAUAUCUCAUUUAUUCUUGACAAGCAGGUGUCUGGUUUCUCAUCGUCUUUCAAUUGCGGAUGGAGCGUUUGUAUUGUGGGCUUUGACUUUGUUCAUUUCGGUAGGUCGACACUACUUGUCUCGCAACAUAGAUACUUCUAACAUUUAUCUUCUUAAGUUGUCGUCUAUCUAUUGAAAGAUGGACAUCCUGGUGAAAUGCCUGCUAAAAGGGGAUGACCGCCAUGCUGUCGAGGAAGCCGCCUCUCCUUUGUUUAGUGAAGAAUUGAACAACCCGGUACGAAAAUUGAAGGGCCUUACGCCACUCCUCUACGCGAUUCAAAGCCAAGAACUUGCGGCUAUCCAAGGACUUUGCAGAGUCACCGCUCUAGACGAGACUGCCGCUGAUGAAGAAGGUGUGACGCCACUACAGCAUGCCGUUGAAACCGGUUCGCAUGAAGUGGUUGACGCAUUGCUCAAAGGUAUAUAACUGUGCUGAGUAACGUUCUUUGUUUCGAGUAGGGCAGUGUGUAAGGAUUCUGCUUUUCAUGCGGCUUGCUCGUGCACAUUGCAGAGCUUCCGCUGCGUGUGGACUUUCGUCGCCGCCGUUGUGGGAAGCGUGUCGCUGAUUCUUGAGUAAAUCCCUCGCACACAAAGCCAGACGCAAGCAAGUGCGCACGUAUGAAGAUAGAUGGGCCGGGCCGAGUGAUGGGAAGGAGGCGCGCGGCUUCGGGCGCUCCUGGGUGACUCUGCGCCGCGUUCUGGCAGGUUGCAGGCUGUUUCCGCCGCUCUCAUACUAAACAGGAAGAGACACGGCAGGCGCUCGCAGGACUAGACUCGUAGCCCUGGGCGGUCGGUGGCGGCGUAAAAGUGAGCCGCAACCACAGGGGCGGCAUGCUUCGGCGUGUGCUCACAGGGGUCGCGCUAGUUCAGUCGGCUCGACGUCCGGCCCCCAAGACUUUGAAGCCUCGAAGGAGGUGUGGGAAGAUCCGGCGGAGGAUUUGCGCGCAGCGCAAGAACGAAGGGCAGGGAGGGCCGCCCAUACUGUGCGGGGGGUGCAUUCGCGCGAUAAAGAGAAGACCGGCAGACUAUUCGCUGCAAAGUUACCUGGAGGAGCUUGGCGGGUGGGCGGCCAUGCAUGGACGCCGAACCAACCCAGAGGGGGCCCGCGUUGUUUGCCGCCAGGGUUGGUUCCACAAACAGCGAGGACAGGCGCACGCGCAGACUGGCGGCUGGAGUCUCAUGACAUUAGCAGCGGGCGCUCCUUUCUCCAAGAGUGAGAAUAGAAAGAGAGCGGCAGGGCAUUGCUUCGGUGCGGCGGGUUGGGGUCCCUUCGUAUGGUCCUCGUGUCUUUCACUUAGCUCCAUCGGCCAGGGGCUUGGUGUGAUUCGUCACGGCUGGGAUGGGGGUGAGAGAGUAAGUAACCUGCGCGCUCUGCCUUCGUGUGUCUGUCUGUCUCUGUGUUGUUAAGCAGUUCACGUCGUGAAGGCGUCGGACAAACAUCUGGCCCACUGGUGGCAGCCCCCUGGCUGGGGAUCAUGCCAGGACUGGGGACACUCGGCAGCACCUUGCGCCGGGAUUUCUUUGCGGCGGUUCAACCAGGAGCGCCGCAGAGCCGCGGCAAUCUAGUGCGCCGGCUGUUUCAGUAUAGCUGAGUUUUCAUUCUCACAAAAAACAAAUCCAUAGGGCGACCAAAGCUCCGGCCCGACUGGAACGCGAUGUUAGCGUCAGGCCUGCUAGAGGGUGAGGAAAUUCUAGAGGGUCUUUUACAGCGCGCGCCGGAGUCAGCUCUCGCUGAUCCCGAGUCGGGUGCGACGCUUCUUUAUGCGCUGAUAGCAGAAGGUAUUUGGCUGGCCUUGAAUACAACGCUAGCAUUUUCUUACAUAGACACUUAAUAUUUUCAUUGGCCUUAGAAUUCAAGAAACUCUUUCUCUUCUUAAGACAAAAGACAAUAUGUAUCUUGCAGAGUCACAAGCUAGUCCGCUGCUGCUUCCGGGAGGUCAUUUUUAUUUUUGUUCUUUCCUUUAGACACUUAAUAUAUUUCAAUUUUUUUCGUUUUCGAAUUCGAUCGAAUUAUAUUGGCCUUUCUUCUUUGACGAUGGAAAGAUGAGUCUCAAGACUGUUUCGAUUACUACUUUUUAGUUAUUGUUCAUUGACUAGGUGGCGCAUCCUCCAGCCUACUCACAUCAGGUGGUUCUGAGUCUGCUGUUUCGGCGCUGCUGCGGCUACGGCCAGCGCUCGUCGAUGAGGCGGAUCCUGUUACAGGAGAUACGCCAUUGAUGGCCGCUAUCAAGGAAAAGCAGAACAACCUAGCGCGAGUGCUGUUGGAAGUUGGAAAGGCGGAUGUGUGCAAAGCCGAGCCUCUGCAUGGGAACACUGUUCUGCACAUAGCAGUAGCGACGAACGCUAGCAGCAUACUGCAAGAUAUGAUAACGCGUGCCAACCCGGAAGUUUCGGAGGUCAAAAAUUUAGAAGGUCUCACAGCGAGUGAGCUAAAUCUGAGAAGCAAGGCGGCACUCGAGACCAAAAAGCAAGCUAGUGCAGCACAAUCUUCGCGUGAGCGUGAAGCGAAAUUAUGGGCGAAAUCGAGAGGGUGUUGACGUUGAGACGAAAUGAGAUUCUACAACUUGCAUCCGCGUAGGCUUCAAUGCUUCGACGCAUUGAGUAAUGAUAAGAGGAAGUAGCUAGCAGAACUAGUGGCUUGAUGACGAAAGGUAGUCCUCUGAUAAGGAUAGGAAUUUUCUCUAAUGAAUGCGGAUUAUCGGCGUGAGAAGGCCCGUGAACAUCGGCAAGCUUCAGUGGAUGCGACGGACGUAGCUGUGUGGCUCGAGAAGAAUGGGCUGGCAGCGUUGAAAGAGACGCUAGUGCGACGUUUUUCAGACAUGGAUGCGCUACUUAAUGCUUGCCGUGGUAAGCAUGCGGUUUCCAACCUGAAGAAGCAGUUGACCAGGGUCGAGGCAGAGGAGCUUGUCAAAUUAAGGCUUUUCACACAUUACUGAAUAUAUUGGUCCAUUUUCUUUCAUCUGAAUCUGUUUCUCAUUUUUUGGCACUCGUCAACGAGUGGAACGCCCUACAAGAUGAGGUCGGCACCAACAAGAGAGCCAACAUUGUUUUGAUGACCUCAACAUCUAAUAUACGCGGCAGGGGUGGAGAUCGCAGCAAGGUUAAAGGCCGAACAAGAGGCGCAGGAAGCAGAAAGAGAUUGGACCGAGGCAGAAAUGCGAAAAAUUCGCUUCAUAUUUCUUGGCAUGAUCAUUCUUUUCUUCGUGUUUCUGUACUUCUGGCUGGACGCGGGGGCUCCUGGAGCCCAUAAGUUUGGCAUUGAGAGAGACGCGAACGUGGAUCCAAGGAGACAGCGACCGGCUUACUCAUCGGGAGCUUCUGGGGGUCGAAGUAAGGCAUCAUCAUCGGGAGCUCGGGAUGGUUCUGGAAGGCGAUCGAGCAGGCGAAAUAGGGAUUUGUAGCACUACGAUCCAUGAAUAUGAUAUGCAAGAAGUGAAACAAGCACGUGUCAGUCUUUUGACAUCUUUCAAUUAGGCUUCCUUUUAUGCAAAACCUUCCUAGAAAGAUAAACUGCUCGUUUUAUUUUCCAAGAAGAAGAAGCAGCUUUCUAUGUACUGUUGUAAG